AUGAGCUUCUUCGCCACCAGCUACAGCAACAGCGACAGCGGCCACGUAUCCCAGGUGAAGCUCCAGAUGGCGCAGGAGCUGGAGAAGCUUUUCAAGUCUUCAAGCUGGGACGAAGCUCUAGCAAUUGUAGGAGAGUCUCAGAGUCUCCAGAGCAUGGGGUUCCAGGGGUGGAUGUCGGAUCUUAUCAGACAUCAGAUGCUGAAGGAGACCAUGGAACGUUUGUCGGAUUCUGAGAUGCACAACCGUCUGCUUGCUCACGCUCGCGAGGAAAUGACCGGAGUCUGGCAAGGCUGGAGAGCGCAGGAUCUAACACAGCAAAAGUUGGUCGAUGUCUACAAAACGGCUGUCGGGAAGGCACGGGAACAGCCAAAGCUGCGGAAUAGCGUUCGCUUCACCAUUGACCGGUCGAUCGCACUGCAAUUGCGGUUGUCUGACGAAGAGGACUCGCAUCCUACCAACAUCAUCUUGCUCGCAGCAUCCCCUCUUGAACGCAAGGAGAUGGAAUCGCUCAAAAAGCGUUUGAAAGCUGUCAAAAGCGGUGGCUCCGAGUUUUCUAUCCAGGUAGUCCUCUUCGAGGGCAAUCCGUCGCCCGACGUGAUGAAGUAUCAUCACCAGCUAGAUGAUCAUCAAUCGGGCGACAGAGACAUAUACAGCGCUAUAUCCUUCAACGAGGUCAGGGUCCUUAGCGAGGGCUUCAGUCCGCUUGCUCUGAUGAAGAUUCUGAACGGACACUCCAGAGCAUUCACUCAAAUGAGGCUCAGCGAGGACCAAAAGUACGGCAGCCACGCAGGUGGUCCAUUCAAACUACCAACAGUGCCCGAAGUACAGACAGCUCUCGGACUUGCAACAACCCAUCCCGACAAUGGGAUUCUCGUAUUCAGCGAUCCUCAGUCCGCGGUCGAAUUGAAGGAUGCUGGCGACGGAAAGGUUUAG